GAAACCCACUCUGCUCUAAAAUCAAUCGUCUUCUUCUUCUUUUUUAACUUUCUGCCUAGUCAUAGAAGAAAUAAAGGUAGGAAGAGAAAGAGAAAAGAGAAAGAGAGAUGGGUGUGAGAAAAUGAGCAUUUCUUUUGUAUAAUGAGAAGAGAGCACCCAAACCUCUUCUUCACAGAAGAAGAUGGCAAUGCAGCAGACAAAUGAUGAUCAUCAACAGCAACAACAUCACAACCAUUCACUCUUGCUUGAUGUCCUUUACUGUGAGGAAGAGAAAUGGGAGGUAGAAGAAGAAGGUGGUUUAUUAGAGGAGCAGAGCAGUGAUAUAUUAUACAAUAAUAGCAGUUUUAUCAAUAAUGAUGACGAUGAUAAUAAUGGAGAAAGAGCCUCUCUGUUUCCUCUUCUUCUGUUGGAACAAGAUCUGUUUUGGGAAGAUGAAGAGCUUCUCAGUCUUUUCUCUAAAGAAAAGCAACAGCAGAAUAACAGUGUCAGUUUGGUAAAUAUCGUUGAAAAUGAUCUGUCUCUGCUUUUAGCUCGCCGAGAGGCUGUGGAGUGGAUGCUCAAAGUUAAUGCCUAUUACGGAUUCACCGCUCUCACUGCGAUUCUAGCCAUUAACUAUUUCGAUGGGUUUCUCUCAAGUCUCCAUUUUCAGAGAGAUAAGCCAUGGAUGAUUCAGCUUGUUGCUGUUACUUGUCUCUCUUUGGCUGCUAAAGUUGAAGAAACACAAGUACCUCUUCUUCUGGACCUCCAAGUGAAGGACACGAAGUAUGUAUUUGAAGCCAAAACCAUACAGAGAAUGGAGCUUUUGGUCCUUUCAACACUCCAAUGGAAGAUGCACCCUGUAACUCCACUUUCAUUUCUUGACCAUAUCAUAAGGAGGCUUGGAUUGAAAACCCAUCUCCAUUGGGAGUUUCUCAGACUCUGUGAACGUCUUCUUCUCUCUGUAGUCUCCGAUUCAAGAUUCAUGGGUUAUCUUCCUUCUGUUUUGGCAACUGCAACAAUGAUGAGGAUUAUAGACCAUGUUGAGCCUUGUAAUGCCAUGGAAUAUCAGAAUCAGCUUCUGGGUGUUCUCAAAACAAGCAAGGAACAAGUAGAAGACUGUUACAGUCUCAUUGUGGAAUCAUCAUCAAUGGGUUAUAAUUAUGCAAAUAACAAUUACGGCAGCAGCAACAACCAACAGAAGAGAAAGCAUGACGAGGACAUUCCUGGUAGCCCAAGUGGUUUUGUUGAUGCCAUAUUUAGUGUAGAUAGGGAUAGCUCAAACGAUUCGUGGUCCAACAUUGGAUCAUCUUCAUCAUUAUAUUCAUGCCCAGAGCCUCUCUUCAAGAAAGCCAGAACACAGGACCAAAACAUGAAUUUGACUUCACUCAACCGGGUCUUUGUAGACGUUGUUGGAAGCCCUCCAUAUCCAUAGUCCACUUUUGUCUUUUUCUUCUUCUAUUCUAUUAUAAAAAAUUCCAUAUUUAUUAGCAGUAAUAUAUCCUUUGGUUCAAUUUAUAAAAAAAACCAAAAAAAAAAAAAAAGGUGCCCUUUUUUUUACGUCUCUGCAUUAAUUGGAAAAUUAUUUCCAACAAUGUCCAUCAUUCUAUAUAAUUAGUCAUGACCUGGAGGCAUGGACUUGUAGGAGAAAAUUUGGUGUUGUGGGGAUGGAGUAGGCAUUUUACAGGAAGAUGAGGAACAAAUGCGGCAAUGAAGAAUAAAUUAUGUUUUAGUCUAGCUACUUCUCUGUAUAUGUUUAGGGCACUUUAUUUCAAUCUAUGGGUCUCUCUCUUUUGGAACAUACUCUAUUUGGACAUAUUUAUAUCAUAAAUAAAUUUUAAAAAGAAAAAAAAAAGAAAAGAAAAUAGCAAGUUUUGCUUG